AUGACUUCUUGUAGUGAUUUCUUUUUCAAAGGCAACUAGUAGUGCUUAUUCGUAGCUCCAAAGGUUAGUCUCUUCAGGUGUGUAGUCAUUACCGUCGUAAUUUCGUUGCCAGCUUCGAUAGUUGGUUGUGCUGUAGCACCCGUGCGUAUGUUAUGUGCGUCAGUGCGUGUGUGUAGUGUUGUUUUGUGGAUUGCGUUCCGAAUAUUGUACGCCAACUGUUUUCCUCGACCCGGGAUACGGUUGCUGGCUGUAAAAAUCUAGUCCUUUAUCGUUAUGCAGUGAGCAGUGCUUACGUACAAGUUAGCGUAGCAGUUUACAGUGCGUUGUGUAGUGGCACGAAGGUUCAGUAAGUUUGCCCGCGCUUACAUGGGUGGUAUCGUGCAGAUGAGUUUGUGUUCCGAUUUCUUCAACAUUAUCUGCCUCCGCUAUAGAUCUAGUGUUGUACGUUACCUUCGUUCGUCUAUCAAGUAGAGCUAUCCUAAGCACGCUACGGAAAAUUAAACAAAACCAUUCCGUGGCACAUACUCGUUCGUGUGACCGAUGGUUCGAAAUAAAUACACAUUAACCACCGCUGGCAAGUCGCCCAGUAAGAAAUCUCGCACCGGUAGCAUCAGCAAGCAACACGACGCCAGCGACGACGGCGAGACCGGCAAUCUGGACAGCGGAAGCGCUAGCGGAGGUCCUGUAGGAGGCGGAACCGAUUCGAGCGCCAAACGAUGUGACGGCGGUUCGGUGCAUAAGCAAAACCUUUACAUCAUUUCGUUUCCCGUUAUCUUUGUGUUCAACGUUCUGCGUUCGCUGUUGUAUCAGUUGUUUAUCGUUUUUCGUUACGUUUACAACUUUACUACCAAAGUUGUGUACAAACCGGUGAAGAAGGAGUGCGGUCUUGAAAUCGUCAUAAAUACCGAUCACACCCACCAUCAUCACCACCAUCACCGCCAUAGUAGCCACAGCAUCCACAGUUCACCAUCGCAGCAACAGCAGCUGCAGCAGCUUCAGCACCAGCACCAGCAGCAGCAACAACAUCAGUAUAGUCUGCUACAGCAAGAACAGCAACACGGCGUAGUAGAUUCGAACCAGCAAGCAGGACACCCAUUGCAAUCGUCGCAGAGUGGCAUUUUGGUCCACAGUGAAGGUCGCGAAAUGUCAAUCCAGCGAUCGGCAAGCGGAAGUCAAGUUGGCCCCGGAGAUCCGUUGUUGGCUAAGCAGAAGCACCAUCAUCGCCGAGCUUUCGAAUACAUCUCAAAGGCGCUUAAAAUUGAUGAAGACAAUGAGGAUCAAAAGGAACUGGCCAUCGAACUGUACCGGAAAGGCAUUCUCGAGUUGGAGCGUGGCAUUGCCGUAGAAUGCUGGGGUGGACGGGGCGAAGUUUGGGAGCGAGCGCAGCGGCUGCACGAUAAAAUGCAAACCAACCUCUCAAUGGCACGCGACCGUUUGCAGUUCCUGGAACUUAUGUUGGAGGCCCAACGGCUUGAGUUGACCGAAAGCAAACAAAAUGAGCAAAAUUACAAGCACCACCACUCCCCUGUACGCCGUCAAAACACGUUCACACUUAGUACGGAAGAUGAAAGAUGGGACAGUACCGUACUCCAUUAUCCAUCCUCCACAUCCACCGCACCCAGUGGAGCAUCACCAGCGUCAACGUCGUCCUCGUCGCCCUCGAAAAACGUUACCGGCAGGGAGAAAACAAACGAGCGAAAAUUUAAACUGCCCAUGUUUAUACCCGCUACCCUGAAUGUGACCGGCAGUCCCAAAAGUCCGACCGUGCGGGAAGUUCCUUAUCGGGACACAAAAUCAAAGCCAUUCAAUGCGGAGAACAAGAUCGUAUCGUUUAAUGAAAAUUGUGCCACCACUUUUCCACCCGCCUGUCCUACUGCGGUAACGUCGAAAGGGACAGCAAGGACGACAGUGACACCGUCGACGGGUGUGCCUUCACAUACAUUGACCACUAAACAAACCAACAUCGAAGCAUCCGGACGGAAAUUAACCGUCGGCUACAAGCGUCCCGGUAAUCUGGGCGUGAUGAAUAAAUCACAAACCCUGCCACGUAGCAUGGGCGGCUCCCGUACGACCCCGACCGGUGGUGGUGUGGGUAGUAUUGCGUGCGGUCUGGGGAAUGGAGCAACCUACGGUAGCAACACCGCUGGCGGUGGUGCAGGCAUGCCAAAAAUUGUGCCAAAACCGGCAGCAACGCCCCCUGCCAUCAGGCGCCAGUUUUCGAUACCUGGAAGCUCGCCAGUACGGAAAGCAAGCAACGGUUAUGGGAGCAAGAAUACGCCACCUCCACGCUCAAAAACUCCCCUCGCCGGUCAGCCACAGCCCCAGCAGCAACCACAAAUUUCCGUCAAGGGCGUUGAACCGAAGCUAGUACAAAUCAUCAUGGACGAGAUCGUGGAGGGCGGUGCUAAGGUUCAGUGGCUGGAUAUAGCGGGCCAGGAGGUGGCGAAACAGGCACUGCAGGAGAUGGUCAUUCUGCCCUCGGUGCGGCCGGAACUCUUCACUGGGCUGCGUACGCCAGCCAAAGGGCUGCUGCUGUUCGGACCGCCGGGCAAUGGGAAAACGCUACUUGCGCGAGCCGUCGCCACCGAGUGCUCCGCUACGUUCUUCAGCAUCUCGGCCGCAACGCUAACGAGCAAGUACGUUGGCGAUGGCGAAAAGCUCGUUCGUGCACUGUUUGCCGUAGCACGUGAACUACAGCCGUCGAUUAUCUUUAUCGACGAGGUCGAUUCGGUACUGUCGGAGCGUAGCAGCAACGAGCAUGAGGCUACGCGCCGGCUGAAGACCGAAUUUUUGGUACAGUUCGACGGUCUGCCAGCCAACUCCGAGGCGGACAAAAUAGUAGUAAUGGCCGCGACCAAUCGUCCCCAAGAGCUAGAUGAGGCUGCACUGCGCCGAUUUCCGAAGCGCGUAUACGUUACCCUCCCCGAUCGUGACACCCGCGAGCUGUUGCUCAGACGAUUACUGCAAAAGCAGGGCAGUCCGCUGAGUGAUGCCGAUUUGGCACAUUUAGCAAUGCUUACCGACGGUUACUCUGGAUCGGAUUUGACCGCACUGGCACGGGAUGCCGCUCUGGAACCAAUUCGAGAGCUUAACGUGGAGGAGGUUAAAAAUAUGGAUCCUACCAAGCUACGCAGCAUCCGGGAGAGUGAUUUCCACAACUCGCUCAAACGCAUUCGACGUUCCGUGGCACCGCAAAGCUUAGCUGCGUAUGAGAAGUGGUUACAGGACUUUGGUGAUGUUACGCUGUAAAACGCAGUACAACAACAUACAUCAAACAGAUCACCUGUGUU